UCUAAAGCUUCGUGUUCUAAUACAGCCUUUUUCAUUUGGUAUAGUUCAAUGGCGCAUAUGGUGUCGAGGUCUUUUCUUUCGAGUUGGGAUUUUGCGGAUUGAGGAGUUGAGGUAUGUCGGAAGAAUUGGGAUACUCAAGUAAGCCAUGCAGUUUGCUUUAUCAUCCAUUCGUUGUCGUUAAAGAAGUGUGACUCAGACAUUUGGGUACGUUGAGCUUCUUUUAUGUUUUCUUCUUUGAAAUCUACAACAGUGAGAGGUGAGUUUUUAUCCUAAAUAUUGAGUUCAGCAAGUACCGGUCUCUGAAACUGUUUCAUUAUAAUAUUAUAU